UUCUAAAGCAUCUCUGCCGCACACACGGGUCUCCCCUCACCUGGAGCCAUGGACAGCAGAGUCCCUUCAGCUCUGGAGCUGCCCCAACCUCUGGAGCCGCACCCGCGGGACAGCUGGAGGGGUCUGGGAGAGGAGGAGCAGCACCUGCUGAGCAGCACGGCUGCGGUCCAGACGCUGGCCAAUGUCAUCCGGCCUUGCUAUGGCCCGCACGGCCGGCAGAAGCUGCUGGUGACCGCGAAGGGAGAAACAGUGUGCACCGGACACGCCGCUGCCAUCCUCAGGGCCUUGGAGCUGGAGCAUCCAGCGGCCUGGUUCCUCCGCGAGGCAGCCCAAACCCAGGCAGAGAACACUGGGGACGGCACUUCCUUCGUGGUCCUUCUGACGGAGGCCUUGCUGGAGCAGGCAGAGCACCUACUGAAGGCCGGCCUGCCACGCUCGCAGCUCCGGGAGGCCUUUGCCGCUGCCACCGCGGAGGCACUGAGCGCACUGCCCUCACUGGCCAUCCGCUCUCUGGGUCCUUUGGAAGACCCAUCCUGGGCCCUUUACUCCAUGAUGAACACCCAUGCCCUGUCCCACGCGGACUACUUGACCAAGCUCGUGGCCAACGCGUGCUGGGCUAGCAGGGAGCUGGACGGCAGCUUCAGAGCUGAGCGUGUGGGGGUGUGCGCACUGCAGGGAGGGUCGCCGGAGGAGUCCUGCCUGCUCCCAGGCUUGGCCAUGGCUGGGAAGCUCUGCGGGCAAAUAACCACAGUGUUAAAUGGGGCCACAGUGGCUCUCUUUGCUUGCCCGUUUGGUCCUGCCAGUCCCAAUGCACCUGCAACUGCCCGUCUCUCUAGUCCUGCUGAUCUGGCUAAAUUUAGGAAAGGAAACGAGCAGUUGAUAGAAAAGCAAGUGUCCCAGCUGGCAGCUAUGGGUAUCAAUGUGGCAGUGGUGUGGGGGGACAUUGACGAAAAGACCCUCACGCUGGCAGACAAGUACCGCAUGGUGGUGAUUCAAGCUAGGUCUCGGGCACAGCUAAUUUACCUGAGCGAGGUGUUUGGCACACCUUUGCUGACUGGUCUACUCCCUCCGCAGAAACCAGGAAGGUGCCAGAGUGUUUAUAGGCAGGAACUGGGAGAAGAUGGGGCCAUAGUAUUUGAGUGGGAAUGCACAGGCACGCCUGCCCUCACCGUGGUCCUCAGGGGAGCCACCAUCCAGGGGCUUCGUGGUGCAGAGCAGGCUGUGUACCACGGCAUCGAUGCCUACUUCCAGCUGUGUCAAGACCCCAGGCUGAUUCCAGGCGCAGGGGCCACAGAGAUGGCCCUGGCGAAAAUGCUGUCGGAUAAAGGAAGCAAGUUGGAAGGGCCCAAUGGUCUUGCAUUCCUAGCGUUUGCCCGGGCCCUGAGGUCUCUUCCUAAAACCCUGGCAGAGAAUGCAGGCUUAGUUGUCUCGGAUGUGAUGGCAAAAAUGAGUGGAGUUCACCAAACUGGGAACUUCCUAAUUGGAGUAGGAGCUGAAGGGAUAAUAAACGUGGGCCACGAAGGAGUGUGGGACACCCUGAUGGCCAAAGCCCAAGCAUUUCGGGCAGCAACUGAGGUGGUGCUGGAACUCGUGACUGUAGAUGAAAUUGUAAUGGCCAAGAAAAGCGGCACACAAGCGAAGAUGUUGAUUCCUGACUCUAAGAAGGCAAAGAGACUUCUCCCUCCUGGGAAAGGGGAGGUGAGGGUGGAGACCUUUGGAAGGAAUAAGUAA